AUGUCUCGUUCAAGUUUGUUCCUUGUGUUCGCGCUUGUUGUGGUGGCGCUCGCAGAGGACGCAUCUUCGGCUGCUCCAUCAUCAGCAUCGCCAGCUUCAACAGCAACGACGCCAAUGACUCCAGCCACACCAAAAACCACUCCAAAACCAGAUAAAGCGGAAAAUAUAAUAACAGGUCUGGUGAAAGCUGCUUAUGAUAUUCCAAAAGGCUUUUUUGACGCGUGCUCAGAUGAUUUCAUCAGUGUGGCCAUGGAUUCGAGACUGGCAAUAGUUUUCGCUCUUUUAGUGCUGGUUGCGUCUUCGAGAAAUGAGACUGCGUCGGAGGCCACGGUCCCUAAGGAUUAUUAUCGGCCUAGUGGCACCCUGGCAAGUGUCGGAAGGAUGUUUAUUGAUAUACCACUAGGAUUCGUAGAAGCACUGAAGGACGCAGCCGAAGCGAUAGAAAGUGUUGCAGUUGCUCUGGUCAAGGGUGUUUUUAGUUGA